UUUGCACACAGCCCUGUGUAUCUACAGCUCUCAAAGACAGUCUGACUGACUGGGACUCCAGACCUGACGAACAUGAAGAUGUUCUGGCUCAUUCGUCUGACUCUUCUGGUGCCCGGCCAAACUCUCGUCAUGAGCUUGCCUCUCCGAAACCCAGACCUGCACACACCACCCCAUGCUGGUUCAUCUGAAGCUGACCAGGAGUUUGCAAAGGAAUAUCUACAGCACUUCUACGGCUACCAGCCCAAGUCAGAGAGACAGAAGAGGAAUGCAGACACGGCUGGAGAUGCUGACUGGGAGACCGGACUCUGUGAUAAACUGCAAGGCAUGCAGCGCUUCUUUGGUUUACCGCCAAGUGGAGAGCUGACCGAAGAGACUGUGGCGGUUAUGAAGAGGCCGCGAUGUGGUCUGUCAGAUGUGGAACGAUUUGGUAACAGAAUUCGCUGGAAGAGGAGCACCCUCAGCUACAGGAUAGCUGGCUCCAACCUCCCCAAAUCAGCCUCAAAUGUUCACAAAGUCAUCAGGGCGGCAUGGAAACUCUGGUCCAGUGUCGCGGCUGUUAAAUUUCGCAAGCGGAGCAGGAAAGAGGCUGACAUUGUCAUCUCCUUCUAUAAUGGCGACCAUAAGGAUGGCGCACCUUUUGAUGGCACAGGCGGAAUCCUGGCUCAUGCCUUUAUGCCUGGGGCUGGUAUUGGCGGAGAUGUGCACUUUGAUGCUGAUGAAGACUGGAGCUUUAAUACUACUGGUUUCAACCUAUUUGCUGUGGCAGUCCAUGAAUUUGGCCAUGCACUUGGCCUGCCCCACUCAUCUGACCCGGGAGCCAUCAUGUACCCAGUAUACAACUUUGCCCCCACUUAUGACCUGCAGCUCUCUUUUCGCGACGUCAAAGAUGUCCAACACCUGUAUGGUAUCAGUCCCAGUUUUGCUUCACUAUUCUCAAAAAAGCCUCCUCCAAGAACACCUGACAAAUGUGAUCCAGAUUUGUCUUUUGAUGCUGUAUCAGAAUUACAACAGGAGGUCGUUUUUUUCAAAGACAGAUUUAUGUGGCGCAGACAUCCUCAGUUUGAUGAAACUGGAAUCACUCUGAUAAGCAGUCUGUGGCCAGACACGGUACCUCCUUACUUAGAUGCUGUCUAUGAGAAUGUGGAGAGGAAUGUAAUUGUGUUUUUCAAAGGUAAUCAGCACUGGGUGCUGAGGCAGCUAAAACUUGAGGAGGGUUAUCCUAGAAACAUCUCAGACUUGGGCUUCCCCUCCAGAAUAAAAUCUGUAGAUGCUGCUCUUCAUUUCCGAAUUGAACGCUACACUGUGUUCUUCACUGGCCAUGAGUGUUGGAAGUACAAUGAGCAGCAGAAGAUGAUGGAGGGAUCACCGACACUCAUAGAGAAGCUGUGGCCCGGGAUUCCAGCUCCCAUAGAUGCAGCGGUCUUUUAUGAGGGAUUUGUGCACUUCUUCAAGGGAAAUAUCCACUACAAAUAUGACUCAAACUUCAAACAUGUGGUCUCCACCAGCCCUGCUAACGACCUGCUGGAAUGCAAGAUGGACAACAAUGAAAUACUGACAGAGAAAAGAUAAGUGAAGGAAGGCAGUUCAUGUAGCUUGAUGACAAUGAUGCUGUGUAUCUACUCUAUGUGCAUACAGUAGAAAAAGUGUGAUAAAACUGUAUAUUCAGCAAUAACCACAAUGUACCUAAUAGGCCAACUAAUGACUAAUGUAGGGAAGUGGUUGAA